GGCUCAGGUGCCCACAUGAUCAGCACAGCCAGGGUACCUGCAGAUAAGCCAGUACGCAUCGCCUUCAGCCUCGAUAAUGCCUCAGAUGAUACACCUCCUGAAGACUCCAUUCCUCUGGUCUUUCCAGAAUUAGACCAGCAGCUACAGCCUCUGCCGCCUUGUCAUGACUCCGUGGAAUCCAUGCAGGUGUUCAAACAGCACUGUCAAAUAGCAGAAGAAUACAAUGAGGUCAACAAGGAAAUCGCUCUGCUUGAGGAAAGGAAAAAGGAGCUCAUUGCCAAGCUGGAUCAGGCAGAAAAGGAGAAGGUGGACGCCGCUCAGCUGGCCCGGGAGUUCGAGGUACUGAUGGAGGAGAACCGGACAUUGAAGUUGGCUCAGUCCCAAUGUGUAGAGCAGCUGGAAAAACUUAGAAUACAGUAUCAGAAGAGACAGGGCUCAUCCUAACUUGAAACUAUUCAAUGUGAGCAUAAAAGGUUGGUGACUGUUGUGUGCUGGCCAAAAGAUUUUCAUUUUAAAGGGAUAGUGUGUAAAACCUACUGUUUCUUUCUAUUACCCACGU